AUGCCUCUUCCCCAACUCCUAGUAGGCAAAGUCGCCGCCAUCACAGGCGGAUUAACAGGAAUUGGCAGGGCCAUCGCCCUCGAAUACCUCCGCCACGGCGCAAAAGUAGCCAUCAACCACCUGGGCGGACCAAAAGAGGAGCCUCUCCUUGAAGCGCUGCAAAAGGACGUCUCCGAGAUCACCGGCGCCGACUCACACAGCUUCAUCGCCGUCCCGGGGGACGUCACGCAGCCUGAAACGGGACGCGACUUCGUCGCCAGAACGGUCGCUGCCUUUGGCCGACUGGAUAUCUUCGUGAGCAACGCUGGCGUGUGCAAAUUCGCCGAGUUCCUGGAGUUCGUUCUACCCUACCCUAUCCUAUCUUUGAUGCUAGUUGAUCCUCCCCUCCUCGGCCACACGGUAAACACCAAUCUCUCCGGAGCCUUCUAUGCUACGCAGGCGGCGGCACGACAGAUGGCCCUGGAACAGUCGCCGCCUGGCGGGUCUAUUAUCGGGAUAAGUUCUAUUUCGGCACUUGUGGGUGGCGGUCAGCAGACUCAUUAUACGCCUACUAAGGCUGGAGUUUUAAGUCUUAUGCAAUCUUGUGCGGUUGCACUGGGGAAAUAUAAUAUCCGGUGUAAUGCGCUGUUACCUGGGACUAUUCGGACGCAGCUAAAUGAUGAGGAUAUGAGUGAUCCUGUCAAGCGGGAAUAUAUGGAGGGGAGGAUUCCCCUUGGGAGGCUUGGGCAGCCGCCAGAUUUGGCGGGGCCGGCGGUGUUUUUGGCCUGUGAGGAGUUGAGUAGUUAUGUGACUGGUGCACAGCUCCUUGUGGAUGGUGGGGCGUUUGUAAAUCUUCAGUUCUUAGGCGAUCAUAUCUCGACUCCGUAUGCUUUCACUGCUACUCCACCCCAUACAUUUCUCUUCUCUUCGUCAGUUAACUGCCUCUUCUCUAAGAUGCUUUCCACUAUGCUCUUCCAACGUCUCCAGGUGACUGCGUUACCGCCUCCCCCUACGUUGCAGACCGGCCAAUCAGACCCAAACAUCACUCGCUCAGCACCAAAUGUAUCAAACACUACAUCAGUCCAAGGGCGAAUCCUCUCCACAAUAGAAGCAAUAUCAGGUUCGGGAUCCGAAGGGACUGGCAGUAGCUCAGAGAAGCCGCCCGAAAGCUUCAUGUACGUGUUGGGAUACUGUGCCAUGGCGGUGACCAGAGACGACCAUUCCAGAAAUUCGGGAUGCGUCGUUAUCGAGGCGGGCGAUGGAUCGGGAAGCCGGAGAUUCGGCUUACAGAGGUGA